AUGUUCAGCAAAAAUUACAAGCUGGUCUGGAGAUCCCGAUCCGGAUUUGCGAAGAUAGCCAAAGAAGCAGGGGUUCCGGUGGUCCCGAUGUUCACGAGGAACAUCCAGCAUGGGUUGCUCCAACUCGAGUUCCUAAGAUCAGAAACCGUUCAACGAUGGUACGACUCAACGAGAUUCCCCAUCGUCUUACCCACAUUCUACCUCCCCGUGAAAAUGACGACCUAUCUGGGCAAGCCGCUUCUCUGCGGACCUGAUGAGGAGCCAGAGGCCUUCGCGCUAAGAUGUAAGAGGGCGAUCGAGGAUUUGCGGGAUGAGCACCAACCACCAGAGCAAACCUAUUGGGGUGCCCUCAUGGAGAGGCUUUGGUAG